AUGAAUGAAGGGAAUAAGUGGACUGUCUCUGCGUCGGAAAAACUCAUCAAUUAUCAGAAUCUUCAAUAUUAUGGUGAGAUAUCAGUGGGAACUCCACCUCAGAAGCUUCGUGUACUGUUCGACACGGGAUCAACGAACACAUGGUUAGCCUCAAGAAAGUGUUGGUUUCUCGAUAUACUUUGUUGGUUGUACUCAUUCUAUGACAGCUCAAAAUCAUCCACAUAUGAAGCAGAUGGUUCGGGUUUUCAUGUGAGUUAUCUUGAUGGUAAUUUCUCUGGAUUUUGGAGUGUCGAUACCAUACGGAUAAAUUCGUUAGUUAUACCAAGACAAGCGUUUGCUGAAAUGACAAACAUAUUUAACUUCGACUACCUUACUGAUAAAUAUGAUGGAGUAGUUGGUAUGUCGAGCACCCGAAUAUCACCUUACGGAAAUAUUCCAAUGUUUCCGAAUAUACUGUCUAAUUAUGUGAAUAUGGAUCCAGUAUUUUCGUUUUAUUUAAAUCG